UAUUCAGUAGUCUACACUCUAGUGUCUACUGCCUGCCGCUUAUAGAAAAUGGCGGCCGAGUUACUAGGUGUAAAUAUUUUGUUGUGUUGUUAUUAUGCGUCUGCUAAAGCAUUGGUGACAAAAUGUAAUUCAAUAAUUUGGUGUCUUUGAGUGAACAAUCAGGAAUACUUAAUUUGUGAAAACGAUUUCGUAAAAUUAUGUAAUAAUAGCAACAAAACAUUGUUUGCAUUCAAUGAAUCGAGCUUCGCUGCGUAAAAAUGGGAGACUCCCAUUUAUUGCGGGUUGUGACGUCGAUAUUAAUAUUACUACGAUGCUCUGCAUUUUCUGAAAACUAUGAAUGCCCGCAAAAGUGCGAUUGCUUGGUACAGUAUGUUGACUGUUCCGAUAAAAAGUUGGUUACGGUGCCAAGAAUUCCUAAGUGGGUGGAACAACUCGACCUAAGCCAUAACAAAUUGAACGAAGGUGUAACGGAAGGUUUUGAUAAGUUAACCUCCCUAAGAAUAUUAAAACUUGACAAAAAUGCGAUUCAAAAUAUCCCAAGUUUUCUUAAACAAAAUCAAGUGCAAGAAGUUAGCCUAAACAAAAAUAGUAUUACAGAAAUCGAUAUCGGCCGAUUUCCUACAAAUUGUUCGAUUAAAGUUUUAAGUUUAAAUAGCAAUCGCAUUAGACUUAUCAAAGAUGGAGCUUUGAACAAUUUGACAAAUCUCAACACUUUAAAAUUGAAUAAAAAUGCAAUAUCUUCUUUACCCCAUCAUUUGUUUAUGUACCAAUCUAAUUUAAAAACACUAGAACUAAAUCAUAACAAAUUGCAUGUUAUAAAUGGUCUACUAUUUCAAGGAUUAUCAAACUUAACAACAUUGAAAAUAAGAUUUAAUAGUGUAGAAAACAUUAUGGAUGGUGCUUUUUUGGGAUUUAAGUCUGUGAAUCUGCUGCAACUAGAUCAUAAUAAGAUAAAGAGUGUAUCCAAAGGUUGGAUGUAUGGACUAGAAUCUUUAACAACUCUAUCAUUGGCUAAUAAUUUAAUAUUGCACAUUGAUAUUGGUUCUUGGGAAUUGUGUACUAAUCUACAGUUUUUGGAUUUAUCCCACAACUAUUUGAUUCAGAUUGAAGGUAGGAGUUUCCAGCAUUUAAUUAAUCUUCACACAUUGAAUUUAAGUAGUAAUAAUAUUUCAGUUAUUUCACAAGAAGCAUUUAGUCAUAUUAUACAGUUAAAAUCUCUGUUUUUAAAUAAUAAUAAAAUAUCAUGGACUGUUGAGGAUAUGUCUGGAGCAUUUUCAAAGCUACAAAACUUAGAAACUUUUAGUUUAUCAGCAAAUCAUAUUAAAUCAAUAAGUUCAAGAGCAUUUGAAGGUCUAACAAAUUUAAAUGAAUUGGAUUUAAGAGGCAAUAAUAUUACCUCUAUACAACAACAUGCAUUUGACUCUUUGACAAAUAUAAGAAAGCUCCAUCUCAACACAACAUCAUUGCUAUGUGAUUGUAAAAUAUUAUGGAUGGUAAAAUGGAUAAAGGAUAAGCUAGAACAUAAAUUUGUCACUGCUACAUGUGCUUAUCCAGCUGAAGUGAGAGGAACAUUACUAUCUAGACUAAAAGAAGAAAACUGUGGUGAUUCACCUAAACCUAAAAUAGUUAAUCAUCCUAAAUCUCAUCUGGCAAUUAAAAACCGAUCAGCAAAUUUACUAUGUUCAGCAACAUCAAAUCCUUUUAGUAACAUGACAUUCUUAUGGAGAAAAAAUAAUGACAACAUAAGUAAUCCUGUGGUAUAUGAAAAUGUAACGUUAACAAACAAAGGGCAACAAGCAACAUCUGUUCUUGUAAUACCUGAUGUGUCACACACUGAUUCUGGAAAAUAUCAAUGUGUAGUGAGCAACAAAUUUGGAACAACAUAUUCUACGAAGGCUAAGAUGAAUAUUGUUACAUUCCCAAGAUUUCUUAAAACUCCCACUAAUGUAACCGUAAGAACUGGGGAGACUGUAACACUUAACUGUGCUGCUACUGGUGACCCACCUCCUGAGAUCUCUUGGAAAAAAGAUGGGGGAAAUGAUUUUCCUGCAGCAAGAGAAAGGAGAAUGAAUGUAAUGCCAACUGACCAUCUAUUCUUUAUUGUUAAUGCAAAACCAACAGAUAUGGGAAUUUAUAGCUGUGCUGCAAAAAACCCUGCUGGUACAAUCAUUGCUAAUGCAACACUCAGUGUUUUGCAAGAACCUUCAUUCAUAAGAGUUAUGGGAAACAAAGAAGUUACGAGUGGGGAACCAGUGGUUCUGGAGUGUAUGGUCCAAGGCUCACCACCACCAGUUUUAAAAUGGCUUAAAGAUGGUUCUCCAAUUCUACCCUCUGAAAGGCAUUUUCUGGCAGGCAAUAAUCAACUACUAAUUAUUAUUGGUGCACAAUCAGGUGAUGCAGGUCACUAUGAAUGUGAGAUAACAAAUAAUUUAGGCACUAAAAAGGAAAUUAUAGAGUUAAAAGUAUUACCACCAGUAGCAAUAAUGGUGAAAGAGGAGAAUAUGACAGGUAUAAUUAUAAUAACAGUAGUGUGCUGUGCAGUUGGUACAUCUGUAAUUUGGGUGGUAAUUAUUUACCAUACUCGUAGACGCAUGGCUGGGGCCAUGCGCAGUUACCCCACCGAAAGUGUGAAAAUGACACAAGUAGUGCAUAGUGAUAGUGAUUCCCCUCAUAUGUUUCCUGAUAACACAUCUGAACACUCAUCGUGCAAAGAUAGUGGAACUGGUGAUUCUGCAAAACAAACAAGUUUUGAUGGAGUGCCCACAGACAGAAGUGAGCCAGUUCAUUUUGAGACUGCUGUAUGUCACAGCUAUUCCCCAGUGCCUGAAGCUCAUAAGCUUCUGCCCUCUUCUUUCAAACCGUCUAUACAAGUUUGUGUGAAUACAUGUGUUACACCAGCUACUUAUAGUUUUUCUAGUCACAAUAGUAAUGUUUAAGCCUUAAAGUGUCUGUAUUAAAUUCAUAAUGAAUAUUGUUGAAAGCAUUGCAUUUUCACUAACUGAAUGUCAAUUUUAUUUAAUUUAAACCAAGUUGUUAUUUUAUCUGAAUCCUAUAUUGUUAUUUAUUAGGGACUAAUGUUAUGCUAAUAUAAUAUUUACAAUGGUGAAACUUAUUCAGUGCCUCAGUAUUUAAUGUUAGUGAAAAGCUUUGUCCAUUAGUGUUUUAUAAUAUUAGUACAAAAUGUAGAAAACUUGCCAGUAUUGGUUUGAUGUAAAGACUGAAUGUCCUUUGUGUUUGUAUGAGCUUUGUUAUUUUCUUAUUUUUUCUAAGGUUUAUGUGAGUAAUGGUUUAAUAUAGUAUGUAAGUAAAAGUAGUAAAAUAUUAGUUUGUCAUUUGUAGGGUAGAGUCAUGUGAUUUUGUAGUAGCUUUGUAAUGAUAAUAUACUAAUUGUGUUACUGCUAUGAGAUUCCUAAAAGUUAAUUGAAUUGGUAUUGCUGCUAACAUUUAAUAUCCUAACAUUGCAUUAAAAGACUUAAAACUAUUAAUCAAUAAUAAUACUUAAUAGACUUCAUUAGUAAUCUAAUUGUGUCUUUAAACUCUAGAAAUAAUAAUUGUAGGGCAAAAACAUAUAUAUCAUUAAUAAAAAAAAUGGUAAAAAUCAGGAUAAAACUUAUAUUGUGAACACUACUUUCCAAAAAAAUAUUUAAACUACCU